AUCCAUUUUUCGUCGUGAAAGGGGAGGUACAGAAGGCUGUGAACACCGCCGCCAGUCUGCACCAGAGAUGGAACGAGCUGCUCCAGAACCCCGGCAGCUCCACCACAGAGGAGGUGGACUGGACCACCAACGAGUUGAGGAACAGCCUGAGAUCCAUUGAGUGGGACCUAGAGGAUCUGGAUGAGACUAUCAGUAUCGUUGAGUCCAACCCGAGGAAGUUUAACUUGGAUGCAGUAGAACUUGGUAAACGUAAAGCAUUUAUCACAAGCACCAGGCAGACGGUCAAGGACAUGAAAGAUCACAUGGUCAGUCCAAUGGCUCAAGUGACUGAAAAGAAAAAUCGUCAGACUCUGCUCGGUGGCAGUGGGUCCCAGGGCCCGAUCUGGCAGCCUGGAGGAGACAAGUACACCCCUCUGGACCAGGAGCUGCAGUCGGCCAACUCUCACUUCAUGGAGGAGCAGCAGGUCCAGCAGCAGUUCAUAUCCGAGAAGCAGGAUGAGCAACUAGAGCUUGUGUCUGGGACCAUCGGUGUCCUGAAGAACAUGUCUGAGAGGAUUGGCUUGGAGCUGGACGAACAGGCAGUCAUGUUGGAUGACUUCUCCCAUGAAAUGGACAGCACCCACUCCAGACUGGACAAUGUUAUGAAGAAGUUGGCAAAGGUCUCCCACAUGUCUAGUGAUCGACGUCAGUGGUGUGCCAUCGGUGUGCUGUUGGGGAUUAUCUUCGUUGUCAUCAUCCUCAUCAUCGUUCUGUGAUCUUGACCAACUGCACUGCCACCACUCCCGGUCCUUGCCCCUUCCUCUGCAUAGCUGUAACGGGAGUUACUGAUCUAUGGUGCUGUGGAAAACUCUUUUUCAAAUGGACACAGCUCUCUCUCCACCCUUAUGCUGUUGCCUUGAAGUUGCACCUUGUCAUAGAGCCAUCACUACAUCCCUGUCCAUGAAUUAGACUCUUAAUGGCUCUGUCAAAAUGAACUGCUUUAAGCUGGUUUGAGGUAAUUCCAUGGACUUGCCUCGACAAUGGUAUUGGGAGCACACUCAUCA